GAAUUGCAACUCUCUUGCUCUGUCAAGACCCUCAAACGCCGCUGCAAAGAAGCUGGAUACUACUCUUGUAUCUGCUGCCAAAAGCCCUACCUCACUAAGACCCAAGCCAAUGCGCGGUGGCUGUGGGGGAUAGCACACAUGUUUUGGACUAUUUGGGAAUGGAGUCAGAUACUGUACUCAGAUGAGGUCACAUUUCAAGUUGGAGGGAAGAAAUGCAAGCAGAGGUGUAUUAGGAAUAAGAAGGAACGCUGUCAUCCUGACUGCAUUCAAUUCCAAAUGCAUAGAGGUGGCACUAUUCCUGUACACUUCUUUGGUGCUGUAGGCUACGGAUACAAAAGUCCAUUGAUCAACAUUCAUGGAACUGGGAAGAGUGGGGCAUUUACACAAACUGAUUACCUUGCUCAAGUACUCAAGCCUUAUAUUCAGGAUUUUUUAGCUGCUUUUGCGGCUGUUUUGGGGCCUGGGAAGACCCCUCAGUUCAUGGAAGACGGCAACUCUGCUCACGGCCACAAGACUACUAGCAAUAUUUGUGCUACUUGGCGUACUUCUAUGGGUAUUACUCUAUUCCCCCAUCCUGCAGUUAGCCCUGAUAUGAAUCCUAUUGAGAAGUGCUGGAGGAGAAUAAAACAAGCUCUCCAUAGGCGCCUAAGGCAGCCAACAACUGAGGUUCAAAUGGUUGUAGCAGUAUUAGAAGAAUGGGACAAAAUUCCUCAGGAAUGGAUCAAUGGGCUUAUU